AUGACAUUCUACAUAAAACUAUACUUUGCCAUUGCUUUAUUGCUCAGUAUUUCCUCUGCACAGGGUCCUCCCCCGGCCAAUAUCCGCUGCCACUCAGACUGGAUUCAAGACGACAACGUCGGCGGCACAUGUAAAUGCGAGUUAGGAGAUCUCACAGGAUGUUCCAAAAGUGAUCUGGGAACAUGCAACGGCAGGGAUCUUUCAUCCUCCAGCGAGCUCAUGCCUGGUCACGAAACCGAAGGCUGCACCGAAGCCAAUGCCGGCUGCGACUCCUGUUUUCUCUGGUUUGACAAAGUGUGCAAUUGCCUGAAAGAUGGCUGUCCCGAUAGUCCCAGCACCCAUUCAUGGAUCCGGUUACCCGAUGGGAAAAUUACUAGCAAGAAACGAAUGGCAGGGAUCUUGGAACUUUCGUCGGAAGAGCCUUGGGAAUGGGGUCAGAGCAUUGCGACCUCAGAGGAGGCUCUGGUGAUCAACUCUGUUAAAGCGCGGAAGCAGGAGCAGAUCCACAUGCAUGUUUGUGAGGCGAGGAAAGGAAAGCCCGGUGGCGUUAGAGAGCUUCUGGGGGGCUUGCAGAAAUCGGACUAUGCCACGCUGAAGCAGGUGAAGAAUCAAGAUGAUUGGUGGUGUCGGGUUCAGAGCUCCCCGAACACCCAUAUCACUAAUGUGAUUAGUGAUAUCAAAUCGAAAGUUACGAAGAAUCCCGGCUGUAGUAAUUUGAUAGGUGCUGCAGUGUUGACGGAUACUAAUGGUUUCAAAUGGGUGUGUCUUACUACAGGACUUGGCUCUACCCAGGGACAGUUCUGUGCGGCUAAUGAAGGUUGA